GUGCUCAUUGUGGCAGAAUUGCAGUGCACUGGACUGUACAGAGCAGGGUACCAUCCAGGCUGUUGUCUGUGAGGGGUGGGGUCCGGCUACACUGAUACCACAAAACAUAAGCUGACAGAGGGCCACAGAAAAAGAGCAAAAAAAGAGAGAGAAGAGGGGGGAAGAUUGCACCUGAAGAGGAAUAAUAUACGGGAUGAAAGGAGACACCCCAGUGAACAGCACCAUGAGCGUCGGCCAAGCCAGGAAGCUGGUGGAGCAGUUGAAGAUCGAGGCUAGUUUCUGCAGGAUAAAGGUGUCAAAGGCAGCCGCUGACCUGAUGGCCUACUGUGACGCUCACGCCUGCGAAGACCCCCUGAUCACCCCCGUGCCCACCUCAGAGAACCCCUUCAGGGAGAAGAAAUUCUUCUGCGCUCUGCUUUGAGACAAAUCAGGGAUUGUUGUGAUCAAAGUACAACUGUACAGUAUGUACAUGUAUGUACAGUGUGUACAUGUACUUCCAAUCUAAAUAAGACAUCAAUGUACUAUAGUAACCUUGCAUAAAAGCUGCCGAUGUACAGUACAUAAUCGAUUCCAAAAUGUCUUGAACUAAAUUCCUUAAUGGCUAGCGUCUGUCUCACUGUUAAGAGGGGAACAUGGGAAUUUGCAACAAAAGCUAAACAUUCAAUCAAUAAAAUAACGUUAUCACUAUCAAGACCCAAAACUAAGGGAAAAAAUAUGGAAAAAUACAAAAAAAACAAAAAACAACUGUUAUCAUCAUCUGAUUAAAAAACAUACAUCUCAUGCUAAUACAUAUUACAGGUAACUGCCAAAAAGGAGUAUUAGUGUUUGACAGGUGUUGCUUCAAUAAUCACAAGAUGGGAUUCGUUUGGAUUCUGCAGCAUUUGAAACUUUUAACCGGAGCGUUAAGUUCCUACUUUAGGUCUUUGGAUAAUGGUGGUGCUACAUGUCUCAGAUGCUGCUCAGGCCAGGGCUGUCACUUCUCCUUUUAUUAUUUUUACUUUUAACAUCUGGUGGAGAAAGAGAGAAAAAAAAAGAUGUCUAGGCUGGUAAAAGAGGCUGAUUUCUAUUUUAUCUUAUGAUGUUUAUGAUCUUACAGCAGGACCAUUUGAGUCCUGGUGAAGAAAAAACACCCAAGAGGAAGAAGAUGUAACACUGAAGAAUGUUUUUCAUCAUCUUCCUCAAUAUUUGUGUCAUUUUUUUUUUCAAAUAUUCCUCACUCAUUAUGGUGUUUCCUCCAUUUUGGCAGUUACUUGUUAUCUACAAAGGACAACAGCUAUUUAUAAGUGGACUAUAUUUAUUUCUUUUGAGGUUUUAUUAAGAUUUUAGCAUUUUACUCAUUUCUAUACUGUUGCUGUAGUGUGGAUGUGGACGUGUGUGUGUGUAUGCAUAGGUGCUACUGUGAAACUUUAGCAACAACUCUUGAGCAUCUGGUCACUGUCAAAUUAAGAUUUUAUAUUUCAACGAUAGCACACAGACCCAAACAUUCCAGGGGUUGUCAAUUAUAUAGAGGUACAUGUAAACUAAGCCAUUUAAGCAGAAUCAGCUAUUCGGUUCAUAUGAGUCUGUCACAUGAACAGUUUUCUAUUUCUUUAAGGCGUGAAGAGACAUAGUAGUGCUACUUUUACAGACAGGUGUACAUCCUUUUAAUAAUCAGGUCUAGGAGGAGGGGUCUCUGAUCACUAUAAAAUAAAGUAUUCACAUUUUUCUAUUCAUUAUGUGAAGUCAGAAGAAAAUGACUUGGGAAUUCCUGUUUUAAUUAAAGGUUUCACUUUCUCUGGUUAUUUCACCUCCUACACCUAUUACGAUUUCCUCUCCACAUCAUCUUAGACAUGAUAUAAAUUUUGGAGACCCCUGCUCUGAACCAUUAAAACUAUCAAUGUCUUUCCAAUGUCUCGCAGAUAUCGAAUUUGGAGCUUUGGCAAAAAAAAAAAAAAAAAAAAAAAAAAAAAAAAGUAACCAUGGAAUAUUAA